AUGUCAACAGCAAUCGUUAGGUCCCCAUCAGAUGACAGAGACUUGGAUAUUGUUCCUGAAACCGGAUGCCUAUCGAUUAUCGUGCUGGGUGCGUCAGGAGACCUUGCCAAGAAGAAGACUUUUCCAGCACUCUAUCAUCUCUUCAAGCAGGUUCGCCUUCUUGCUACUUUGACUCGUGGUGCAUCCCAAGAAUCACCGCCAGUAUAUGCAUAAAUAAAUAUGUACAUUCAUGAUAACCCUCUUAUGUUGGUUGACCGUUUAUGUAGGGAUUUUUGCAAUCUCACGAAGUUCAUAUUUUUGGGUAUGCGCGGACAAAGCUCUCAGAUGAAGGUUUAAGAGAUCGGAUUCGUGGGUAAGGGUUUUUUUUUUUUUUUUUUCAAUGUUUCUGUGGAGUUUCAUCCAGAAAUGAUACACGAAAACGAAGGGAUAUUUACUCUAUCAUCUGUAUUUACCUCUUACUUUUGUGGAAUGAUAUUGGAAGUGGAAGGUGAGACAGUUUUAUCAUUCCCCAUGGUUUGAUAAGGUGAACCGAAUCUAGAAAUCUAGUGAUGAUUUUUUGCUCUUCGGGGAGGGUUUGUGAGAUAAACUAGCCAUACAACAGAUCAAACAUUGAACAAUAGUGUGUGUCCUUUCAAUGAAGAUUGAACGGAUCAACCGAUCAAACAUUGAAAAGGUUUACCAGUCUAAUGGCUUCAUGCGGAGCACUGAUGAAUGAAUGUUCUUCCUGUAUCCUUUGGUAUAACAGAAUUCUUCAACAAAACAUUAGACAGACCAGUUCAGCAAGAACGCAUCUCAGCUCUCUGUUUUAUGUCUCCUUCACCCUCAGGAAGAAGUCGGUUGUGUUGACUUUGAGCUUGAUAAUGCCAUAAGUCAGUCCCCUUUAUCUUUUAUGGCUUUCUUUGUUGAAACUGUGCUCGAUCAUCAAAUAUGAUAUCUCAAGGAAUGUGCAGUGACGCAUUUUUUAUUAUUUGAAUCCUCGGAAUAUUCUUCCUAUUUUAGUGCAUUUUUGGCGUCGUGAACAAAUAUUAGCUCCCAUCUAACCAUCGGUGGUAAUCUUAAGCAGAAGUUUUUGCAUCUGGUUCCGUGUCUCUCUCUCUCUCUCUCUCUCUCUCUCUCUCUCUCUCUAUAUAUAUAUAUAUAUAUAUAUAUAUAUAUAUAUAUAUAUAUAUCUGUGUGUGUACAUAUUGAUGGCAUGACGUGGGGGCAAUAUUUUCCCAGGUAUCUUAGCAAAGGUGAAGAUGGGGAGUCAGAAGACCUAGUAAAUUUCCUGCAUCUGGUAUAUUUUCCCUCUGUUCUCCUUGACGAUUGCCUGUCGUGUGAGAGGAUUCUACUUAAAAUUUUAAGUUAAAACAUGCAGAUAAAAUAUGUCAGCGGAUCUUACGACCAGGAGGAGGGCUUCGUAUUAUUGGACAAGGAAAUAUCUCGACACGAGUCGUUGAGAAACAUCCAAGUAGGAACAUCCAGAAGGCUCUUCUAUCUUGCUCUUCCACCCUCAGUUUAUCCAUCCGUCUGCAAGAUGAUCAGGAGCUACUGUAUGAAUCAGUGUAAGUUUUGAACUCCCUCUACUUUUUCUUCAAUGGACGGCAUGGCCAUUCUCUUCACUCAGUACGAGUCCUGUGCUCCACUUCUCUCAAAGGGAAGAAAGGAACCAACUCCAUGUACGAUUUCCAUUACGGAUCAAACUCUCAAAAUUACGUUUUUUUCCUACUUUCAUAGCAUUUCCGACCACCUCAGUAUGCUCUUGAUGCUAGACUGACGAGUAAAUAUUAUUUUUCUACCACGAGUACCCACUUUCAUGAUUUUACAUCGAUCCUCGAAUUUAAAAUUUGUUUUCCCCUACCAGCUGAUCUUGGUGGGUGGACCCGGAUCGUCGUUGAGAAGCCUUUUGGAAAGGAUCUGAGCUCUGCGGAGGAACUAAGCUCACAUCUUGGAGAGCUUUUUACUGAAUCCCAACUUUACCGCAUUGAUCACUACCUGGGGAAGGAGCUGGUCCAGAAUCUGGUACGCACUUGUCUCUUGAUUGACCUUGAUCUUCAUCCCAUAUGAUGAUCAAUCCAUUUACCCAUUUUAAUUUGUCUGGCAGCUGGUUCUUCGCUUUGCCAACCGCUUAUUUAUGCCACUAUGGAACCGCGACAACAUUGCUAACAUACAGGUCCGACUCUUUCUUUAAUAUCUGGACUCGAGUCACUGCGACUUAAGCCGUGCGAAUUAAUAGUAGCGUCUUAAUAUGUUCAUUUUUUCGGCGUCACCUUGCAUGAGAACCGAUUUUUGCACGAUUCAUUUUUUGUCUUUCUUCAGAUUGUCUUCAGGGAGGAUUUUGGAACUGAAGGGCGAGGCGGCUAUUUUGACCAAUAUGGGUACGAAUUAGAAUAAUUUCCUUGAUUUGGAAACCAUAAUCAGUAUUCUAAUUCAUAUAUUCUGAUUUGUUUUUCACAUGAAUUGGUCCAAUUACUUUGGUAGUUCCAUUAAACAUGAAUUUCACGGUGGCUGACUUAUAUGAACCCAUUUUUUUGCAGGAUAAUUCGUGAUAUUAUACAAAACCACUUAUUGCAGGUCGGUUGGAUUUAUUGUGAUUUUUUUCCGGGUGUUACUUUUUAUCCUUUUUGCAAAAAAAAUCUCCUUCGAAGAAAUGAGCUGGUCUAAAAUCAUAAAGGCUCAAUAAUAAUCUGAACUAGGGCACAGCAAUGAUUUCCCGUUGGGAUAUUGGGAAGGAGUGGCACAUGUUAAUGGCAGAAUAAAAGAACGCUGCCCAUAUCUGAUAUGGCUUGCACAUUAAUUUAGUUUUUAAGCUAAAUGACCAUCGAAUUAAGUAAGAGAACAUCAUCCGUCCACCCACAUCCAAGAAGCAAGGAGAGGUGGACCCUAGAAGACUAGAUAUACGUGGAUGGGAUGGGAGUAGACUAGAUAUGGGCCAUAAUCUCAGUGGAUCUUUCCGUUUGCCCAAGUCUUAAGAGGAAGGCCCACUUCCUCUUAGAAGACUAGAUAUAUGUUUAUAUGCCUUAAGAGGAAGUGGGCCUUGAUAAUCCUCGUCAACCCACGGGUUCCUCUGCUUUGCGCUUCGGUUUCUACAAUGUUAUGGUUAUUUUUUCCAAUUUGAAAUUCAAUCAUAAUAUGGCAUACUUCUUGUUGUAAAUCCACGGCAGGUCUUUUGCUUGGUUGCCAUGGAGAAGCCCGUUUCUCUGAAGCCUGAGUACAUUCGAGAUGAAAAAGUGAAGGUAACAAAAAAUCAUAUUUUAUCAGUAAAUAAUGUCUGAAUCCUGAAUAUUUCAACGUUAAAUAUCGUCUAGCGCUGUUAUUUCAGGUUCUUCAAUCAGUCUUGCCCAUUGCCCCGGAGGACGUUGUUCUUGGACAAUACGAUGGUUACAAAGAUGACCCGACAGUUUCUCAAGAUUCAAACACGCCAACUUUUGCAAGUGUCGUCCUGCGGAUUCAUAACGAAAGAUGGGAAGGUGUGAUGAGUAUUCCCACUAGAUUGAUUAUCACAGUCAAAUGGUUCCUGAAGAAAAGACUGGCUUCUAUUCUAUUUUCUACUGGCGUUGACCAAAGUGCCAUUCUCCACAGGGGUUCCAUUCAUUCUCAAGGCAGGAAAGGCCCUGAAUUCAAGGAAAGCGGAAAUUCGCGUCCAGUUCAAGGAUGUUCCCGGUGAUAUUUUUAAGUGUGAGCCUUCUUUUCUUUAAAAAUCUAUGGUAUUUACUCUUUUCAAUCAUAAAACAUCUACCUUUCCAGUAUUUGUGUGGUUUUAAAUAUUUACUAUUCUUUCCUUCUUUUUGAAAAAAAAAUAAUCUGGGAUUUAAAGUUUUUAAGUAUUACUUUAUUUCCUAUCGGAAUUGGAUUUUUCUUUGGUUGUGCAUUCAAACUCGAAUCUCUCCAUGCAGGUCAAUCCCAAGGCAGGAAUGAGUUUGUCAUCCGCCUGCAGCCUUCAGAAGCGAUGUACAUGAAACUUACAGUAAGUUCCUUGAAUUUAAUUAAAAAGCAAACUUUGGGAUCAAAAUGGGCUCCAUUUUAUGCUCUGAGUUGAUUGAAACAUAUAAUUUUAGCCUGAAUUAUUAUGCAUUGGGUCUCUGACCUUAGAUUCCUAUUUUCUGUAGGUCAAGAAGCCCGGACUGGAGAUGUCAACCAUCCAGAGCGAGCUGGAUCUCUCUUAUGGGCAACGAUAUCAAGGUGUCCAGAUCCCCGAGGCAUAUGAACGGCUGAUUCUUGACACGUGGGCCUCGAAACCCUGCUAGUUACCCUCAUCUUCAUCCAUUAAAUCCACCCAAAAACAGUAACUUAAAGACCAGCGGCUCCUCUUUUUCUUUCUGCAGGAUAAGAGGAGAUCAGCAGCAUUUCGUCCGCAGGGAUGAGCUGAAGGUACCCAUAACUUUUUUUCAAUAAUAAAGUAAAAAAAUAAUAUUUAUGAGAAAUACACGGAUUAACUUAUUAUCCAUUUAAAAACAGGCCGCAUGGGAAAUUUUCACCCCGCUGCUUCAUAAAAUAGAUGGAGGAGAGAUCAAGUCCCUCCCUUACAAGCCGGGCAGCCGUGGACCCGCUGAAGCCGACGAGCUGCUCGCCAAGGCGGGAUAUGUCCAGACCCACGGCUACAUUUGGAUCCCACCCACGCUAUAA